AUGGACUAUGUAAAAGUUGUUCAAAAGACGUCUGGGUUAGUUAUAUUCCCAGUCAAAAACGGCAUUAUAGGUUUAUUGCGUGAUAUUGGAAAUAUUCCUGAAACCUUGAGGAUCCUCUUAGUCGGAGUUCAUGGCUGGGGGCCGAUUUAUAGUAAUAGCGCAAGGACAUCUGACGAACUACUUAGACGAGCACGAAUCGAAUUUAAAAACUAUGUUCCCAAUGCCAUAUUCUACGAGCACGUAAUCUCAUCAGAUGGAACAGUAUCUCAGCGCGUUGAGGAUGCAUGGGAGUCAAUGCAGAGCAAGAAGGAUGGUGCAUUCAAAAGAUGCGAUAUUGUAUGUCUUCUUGGCCAUAGCCAGGGUUGUGUAGUUUCAAUGCUACUACUGGACAGAUUAGUACAAAAUCAUUGGCUUGUUGACAAAACAUUUGGCCUUAUCUCAUUUGCAGGUGUACAUCAAGGAACAUAUGAACCUAGGACAGUAAUUACCAAGAUGCCUCGUGCUGCUACAGCAGAGUUAUGGCACUUGUCAGAUGAGACAGACGAGACUGCGAAGAUGUACAGGGAAGCAGUGAAGAGAGUUUUACACUCUGGCGGGCGGAUCGUUGCAUUUCAUAGCUAUGGUGAUCAGGUUGUCUGUCUGUCUUCUUCAACUAUGAACGAUAUCGUCUUGAACCAUGAAAACCUUGCCAUAGGACUAUACAUACCACAGUCCUUUGCAUCAAACUAUCCAAAAGAUCUUUUGGCAUCAAUGGCAGCUUUAUAUUGUAAGGGACGCAAUGUUGGCUUACAGUGGGAUCGGAAUCUGGGAAGGGUACUAAAAGAAACUGAAAGUCUAUCCCGUCUGGCGUUUUUGAAAUAUCCAGUAGAUUUAAUCCGACAAGCUCUUACCACGACGAAACCAACAGUAGAUGUGAACAUGAUUCAUUCGGAGAUUUAUGGAUGCUCACAAAUUUACGGACUAAUUUCUCAGGAGAUUCCAGCUAAACGUAUCUCUGGUCUCUGUCAAAUUUAUCGAUACCAACAUACGUCGAAUACUGGAGCCGAAAUUCCUCAAAAGUCAACUAGCCAAUCUCAUCAAAAUAUAAUCGAUCAGGACGUCUCGGGGCCCGCUAUUCUUCCAAUCCCACGAAUUAACGAAGGUAUUGAGAAGAAAAGAGCUCGGCUGGUCUAUCAGUCACGAAAACGUGGUAUCCUCGAGACGGAUUUAAUUCUCUCUACGUUUGCUGAUAAAUAUUUGUACGAAUUUUCGGAAGAGGAACUAGCAGAGUAUGAUCAACUGUUAGAUGUGCCCGAUUGGGACAUAUAUUACUUUGUUACUAACAAGAAGUCAGUGCCAGAACCAUUAGCGAAGAGUGGAGUAUUCCAAAAACUGAAGGAGCAUGUAAAAAAUGAAGGAAAAAUUAUUCUAAGAAUGCCUGACCUACGGUAA